GUGGGGCCAACUUCUAGACCCUCUUCUUAUAUUUCCCGCGUGAACCGGUUGGUUUGUCACUUUUAUCUUUUUGGUUCACAAGAGUUCCUGUCAGUUAGUCGGUUAGUAAAAAUGGCAACAGAAGACCUUCCAUCUGAUCAGUUUGUUACUUUUGUUUCACAAUAACAAAGUAAGGAACCCUCCGAGGUUGUCUCCUUUGGCACCCCAUUUUAUCUCCUUUGUUUCCAAGCCCCAAAUUGUACCAUCUUUUGAAUCACGAUAACUGUGAUUUUCGAGGGUAUUCGGCUUUUAUCUCGAAGAUCUUCUGGGUUUGAUUUGAGUUACAGGUUCGAUAUCGAAACGGGUUUUCGAAGAUUCAAGUAAUGACCUUUUAUUUACAUGUGUUGAUUAUUUUGGGUUUCCAUUUCGUGUUAAAUAUCAAUUAGAGACAGGCUUUGAAGAUAAUCAACUGUUGCAAAUUAUAAACUCAUGGAUGAUGCAUAUAGGGAUGAAUGUGGUAAUAAGCAUCUAAGGGUGAAUUUUGAAAGCAAUGCGGUUAAUUACCGCCGAAAUUCAAGCUGCCCAUCAUCCUCGUCAUCAUCACCAUCAUCAUCAUCAUCGUCAUCUCCACGUUCAUCGCUGGAAUCAUUUGUCAAUGACAAAAAAGAUGGCAACAAUCCAUGCGUAACAACGACACGACCAGACGAGGAGUCUCAGGGGGCUCUAUCAUUACCAGAGGGUUAUUCUUCUCCGAGUCUGCCUGGGAGCAUGCAAAGCGGAUCAUCUGAGCAAUCUUCUCCGUUUCAGAUGAUGGGAAGGCCUGCAGGAUAUGACCCGAGUCGAAUCCCAUCGAAUAUUUUCGCCAGUAAACCACCAGCAGGCAUGGAUUGGAGUGUUGCUUCAAAUGAAUCAUUGUUUAGUCUUCAUGUGGGGAACAACAGCUUCUCGAGAGAUCAAUUCACUUUGCUGAAUAAAUCCGGAGAGCUUUACAAAUCCGGAGAGCUUUAUAAAUCCGGUGAACUGACGAGGCAUGAUGAAUACAUCUACAUUCCAACUCCACUUCCCACAGUUACUGAGGUAGAAACUAUUGAAAUAAAGAUUCACAAUGUGGAGAAAGAAAAGGUUGAAAACAAGGCUCCGAACGUGGAGGCAAAAAUCGAAGAAAAUGAGAGUGCAAAUGUGGAAUAUAAGGUUGAAAGCAUGAGGGAAAAUGUGGAAACGGAAUCAGUAGAAGAAACAGAAGGACUAGAUGAAUCUGCAAAGAUAGAAGCCGUCAAAAAGGGAAAGGUGCCUCUUAUUGGAGAAAUUCGGAAUUCUGCUGCUUCAUACCAAUCUGAUGGGAGCAAUAACAGCACCAAGUCAUUCCAGUUUCCAGUGUUGGCAAGUCAUGAGGUUGAAAGCAAUAUCCCUGCAGAAAUGAACUCAGGAAAGCUACAGUCAGCGCACGCACAGCAGGAGAUGCAUAAGCAAGUAGGGACUGAAGCCCCCGAAACACCCCUAAAGGCAGCCACAACUCAAACAACUAGUUGGUUUUCGUGCUUCUGUUGUUGCACCGCCCGCCGUUGAUCUAAAAAGCCUUCAUAGGUAGUCUGAUGCUUUGGAUUUCAAAGUUGCUUCCUGCCCAAGUUUCAAAGAAUCUCAAGGCUUGUCCAAGUGGUGGAGUUCCCCUAGGGUUAGAUUUGGAACUCCAACUAGGGUUUGGGUUGAUGAGAAGCCACAGAAAAAGAAGAAACCAAGAGAGUGAUGAAAAAGUGAAAGUUGAUGUACUUAGAGAUCUAUACUCUAUGAUGUUUGACUGUAGAUUGAAAAAUGUUGUAGAUAGAUCUAUAUCAUGUACAUAGAGCAGUUGGUUUUUCACUUGACACUACCAUUGAUAUAUACUUCUGCUUAAAACGCA